AUGAAUCCUGAGUACGACUACUUAUUCAAACUACUUUUAAUAGGCGAUAGUGGUGUAGGCAAAUCAUGCUUACUUUUAAGAUUUGCUGAUGAUACCUAUACUGACAGUUAUAUUUCAACAAUUGGCGUUGAUUUCAAGAUAAGAACAAUAAGCUUGGAGAACAAGACAGUAAAAUUACAGAUAUGGGAUACUGCGGGACAGGAGAGGUUUAGAACUAUCACUUCUAGUUAUUAUAGAGGGGCACAUGGAAUCAUUAUUGUUUACGAUGUUACAGACAGAGAUUCUUUUGAUAAUGUUAAACAAUGGAUCCAGGAGAUUGAUAGAUAUGCAAUGGAGAAUGUCAAUAAGUUGCUGGUAGGCAACAAGUGUGACCUUGUAAGCAAAAGGGUGGUAACUUCAGAUGAAGGAAGAGAGCUUGCAGAUUCUCACGGAAUAAAAUUUAUAGAAACCUCCGCUAAAAACGCCUAUAAUGUUGAACAAGCAUUCCAUACAAUGGCAGGUGAAAUCAAGAAGAGAGUUCAAGUAAACAGUCAGAAUACGAGAGGUUCUGCACAACAAGGUCCCAAGUUAGCAGGAGCUCAGCCAAUCAAACAAGGCGGCUGUUGUUCAUAG